GUCUGCGACCUGGUGGCUCCACUGAGCGCUCCUUUAAAGAUAAGUCACACAAGUAUGGCCAAAUGCGACGCACAUCUGGACGAUUUGACGCUGAAAGCAAAGGAGGUGAACCUGACAUGUGCAUGUGUGAGCAUUCAAACACCUGAGGGGGUAUUCAAGAUUAGGAAGGUAACCAGAGGAGGAAAACUGUCAAUGGUCAACAUCACAAACUCAUUUUGAUCGAUAUGGCGCUGAGAGAGUUAAAAGUUUGUCUCCUGGGGGACACUGGCGUUGGAAAGUCGAGUAUUGUUUGGAGAUUUGUGGAGGACAGCUUUGACCCAAACAUCAACCCAACAAUUGGGGCGUCCUUCAUGACGAAGACAGUGCAAUACCAAAACGAGCUGCACAAGUUCCUGAUCUGGGACACGGCAGGACAGGAGCGGUUUCGGGCUCUGGCACCAAUGUACUACAGAGGGUCAGCGGCAGCCAUCAUUGUUUAUGACAUCACGAAAGAGGAAUCCUUCCAAACACUAAAGAACUGGGUGAAGGAGCUGCGCCAGCAUGGUCCUCCUAAUAUAGUGGUCGCCAUCGCUGGCAACAAAUGUGACCUGUCAGACGCCAGGGAAGUGCCAGAGAAGGAUGCCAAGGACUACGCCGACUCCAUCCAUGCCAUCUUUGUAGAAACCAGUGCCAAGAAUGCCAUUAACAUCAACGAGGUGUUUAUAGAGAUAAGUAAGCGCAUCCCUGUUGUCGACGCAGCAGGAGGAGCUGCAGGAAAAGCUUUCAAACUGGGACGUCAGGCCUCAGAGUCUCGCAGAACGUGCUGCUGAUGAUCCCAGCGACUCUCCCCACAUGACCUUUGACCUGACCUUUGCUUACCCUCUGUGUCCCCGGCAUGCUUCAGCUUACAGCCACCACACGCCCUCAAACACCCUGCCGUCACUGACCCCGGGGAUGCAUCAGUGCCACUCUGAUGACAAUAGAAAAUGCAUUUUAGCGGCACUCAACUACAACAACAAAAAAUCGUCAAAUGUCGUCUGAAAAUUUCUGGCUGGAGAAAAACGUCACGCUUUCGGAGCAUUGCCUGCAUUAAAACAUUGAUGAUGUGUAAGUGAAAAGACCUUCAUACAUAUUUCAUGUACAUACACAGGUUUAUGAGAAGAACUUUACAAGCUACAGAUUUAUGGAUUCAGAAAUCAUUUAUACUUGUACAUUUGUAAAAAUCUACUAUCUUUCAACCAAGACAUCGACUGCAAACGGUCAAGUUUCACCAAAUAAUUUUGAUAGCACUGAAGUCAUCGCCUUUUGCUUUUUGGGAGAUCUCUCCCCAAACAUUUUUGUGAACGAUCUAUCUAUACAGUAAGCGUGUGUAAUCACUAAUUUAUCAUUAAUGACAAAGGUCAUGGUAUUCAUCAGUGUUUUUACCAAUCAUUAAUCUCAAUUUUGGCUUUUUGGAAGGAUUUUUGGAGAGAUGUUGGUGAUUCAGUCUAGCGAGACAGAUUGUGCAUGUUACAUAUAUGUUUUUAAUGUGUGAUUGAUGUUUUCAUCAAGAUGCAUUUCAAGGCAGAAGUAGAAGUAGAUUUGCAAUCCCACGGUAAAAAAAAAAUGAAGAAAUGAAAGGUGUGUGGGAGUCUACUUCCUUUACAUUAAAGGAAUAGUUUGCCUAGGUUGAGCUGAGAAUAUCAAUACUAAGUUUGUGUCUGUAUGGUAAAUAUGAAGCUGUAGUCAGCAGCCAGUUAACUUAGCUUAGCAUACAGACUGAAAACACAGGGAAACAGAUAGCCUUGCUCUUGCAAAGGUAAAAAAAAAUCUGCCUAAAGCUCACUUAUUAGCAUGUUUUAUUUGACAGAGCCAGGUGUUUCAAGACUUUAUGCUAAGCUAACCAGCUGCUAGCUGUUGCCUAAUAUAUCUAAUAGACAGAUAUGAGAAUGGUAUCUUCUUACUCUGCCAGAAAGUGAAUAGGUGUAUUCCCUGAAAAAACUAUUCCUUUAAUUGUGAACUACGCCACUGAGAAUUAUAACAGUUCUUUUUUUUUUUAAUCUCAUCCCGGGGAUGAGAAAAAAUGCACAGUCCACAGCUCCCAAUGAAUGUGCUUUAGCUUCUUUAAGAGAUUAAAGCACCAUAAAUGUAUUAUUAUAUGAUAACAAUUGUGGCUGCCUACCUGUGCACCACAGUUCAGCUUGUAUGACGCUAACUGCAGUAAAAGCACUAUAGUUCUUCCACAAUAUCGCUCUAGCUCUAUUUUUCUCUAAUCUUACUUUAACUUGCGGGCCUGGCUGUCCUCAAUCCUUUUCUGCUCCUUCACAACAAGUUUUACAGAUUUUUGUGAGGUCUUGCCAAUUUCUGUAAUUUUCCCAUAAACAUUUUUCAUCUUUCCUUUUUUUGCACAUAAUCAGCAGCGACUUGCGCAUGCAAUGUUGUUUUACUACCUGGCCCGAGAUGAAAACGGCGAGAUCUGGAAACUAGACCUCGUUCAGAGGAAACUUGGAGGUUAUAGGUUCAGAAUCAGACGUGGCGUUGUGUUGACAUGCUGACCCCUUAAUGAACCUUAGUCUCCAUUCUGCUCUGAUUUACUGUACGUGCUUUGUUCCAAAAUGCCUUCUACAUUUUCCUUUCUCACAACUUCUUUCGCCUCAUUCCUCUAAAUUACAGGCACUUACUUUCAUUUUGUUUCAAACAAAUGUGGUUCACUAUCCAAGAGAUUUCCAAGAGCUCUAUCAUCCUUAGUGCAAUGUUACAGUAGUUUAAUUUACCUCCUAUAUUGUCCUAAUUGAGCUUCAGUUGACUCAUGAGCCACUGACUCAUUAAUUCUGUGUAAUUCCAUGUUUCUCUUGAGCCCUUUUAGCCCCAAAAGCUCUUUUCAGUUGCCAAAAAAUAGAGAUGUGGGGUUAAUUAGACUUCGUUUCCAGGUUUAUAAAUUUAGAUUGUUUGCCCUUCUGUUGGGGAAAGCCACUUUAUUUGCCUUUAAGCAUCUUAAAUGUAGCUGUUAUUGAUGAGUUGUGUGUGAAGCAGUGCUGCCUAUAUCUUCAGGAUUCCAUAUGGAGUGCAAUAGUUAUUAUGACAAAGGUAAAAAUGUAAACUAAACGAAGAAAACUGUCACGGAGGGAUAAUGUUCACAAAGGACGGCACAUUUGCAAAACAUGAGAUCUCAUUCUAGCAGUCUCGGAAAGAUAAUAAUGGUUUAUGUUGACCUAAUUAUAUGCUGAUUUGAUGACAGUUUCGCUCGGACAUAGUUGAUCAAAUGAGCAGUGUGAUGGGGCCGAAAAAAAACCUUGAAAACCAGAGUGGCAUUCUAGGUCCAAACCUAAAUUAAAAAGGGAAUCACUCUGGUACUUUGAAAGCUGCACUUUGACUGACUGUUUGUAAUUGGUCCUUAUUACUAACAAUCACUCUGUCUUCUGGUAUAAUCUGCGUGAAAACACUUGAUGAAAGAUACUUGUAAUGUUGUCCAACUUCUUAACGCUCGGUGAUGUUAUUUUAGGUUUUGACUGUUUGCUCAGUUCUUAUUGCUGCAAAGAGAAUGGUGCCAAAUAAUGUCAACGCCAUUUUGCUACACCACACAUAAUUAACCUUUUUUUUUUUUAUUGUCAAUGUAAUAUAAUGAUUUAAAGUGCUUAACACGAUAAUGCUCAAAAAUAUGUUUUCCUCUUAUCCCGAAACUGGAGGCAUGGAUAGAAACUGUGUGCCAGUUUUGCAUUGAAAAAUAUCAAUAGUCUUGGGCUGGCCCUGGGAAUGUGAUUAAUCUAUAUUAUGUAUAUUUUUCAGUGUAGAUAUAUACCAUCAAAUUGCACAGAAAUCAAUGACUAUAUUCUAUUCUUAGCCAGUUGUGUGACAACAAUAGACUUGUACACGGUUUGAAGUGAUUCCGUCAGCAUUGUAGUUACCAUAUAUAUCUUUUUACUAUGUUUCAUAUUGAUUGUAACAAAAUGCCUGAAAAAAACGUGUUUGCAGUGUAUUCAAAAAUGUGUAAAA